GCCGGCCCGCGCGAGGAAGCCGUUAGGCGAGAGAACGAGUCCGAGCGCGCGCGUGGCCCCUUCCCCCUCUCGGGUACGGCGGCCGGCAGCGGACACGCGAGCCAUGGACGCGAACACGGAGGCGGGCGCCGCCGAGUUGGAGUGCGGCAUCUGCUACCUGCCCUACGACCGCCAGGCGCGCGCCCCGCGCCGUCUCGGGCCCGCGCACGGCGCCUGGCGCCGCCCCGCCCCCUGCCGCCACGCGCUCUGCACCGCCUGCCUCUGCCGCCUGGCGCGCGACCAGGGCUGGGAGAAGGUCACGUGCCCCUUCUGCCGCACCCUCACCUCGCUGCGCGUGCGCGGCAGGGGCGGGGAGGCGGGGUCGAGGUGGCGGAGCAGCAGCAGCAGGCGCCGCCUGGCCCUGCCCCCCGUAGACCCUGAGCUCUGGAAGCGGAUUGGCCGGCGGGAAGGAGCGGGGGAGCAGGAGGAGGCGGCACCUGGCGAUGACGUACCGGAGGAGGCGGGCCAAUCGCGGCUGUGGCGGGCGCUGAAGAAGUUCUUGAGAGGAGGAGGGGGUGGCGGCAGCCGCAGUAGCGCGCGGCAGCGGCAGCCAAUCAACCCCUACGGUCCAGAGAUGAAGGACCUUGCCCUCAUGACCUGCUACAUCAUGUGAGGCUCCAAGGGCUAGCCCCAAGAGCUGGGGCUGGCUGUUCGUCAAAAGGCUUUGAAUGCUCUUGGGAGAAACCAGAGAUUCACGAGGCACCCGGGAUUGAUGUGAUCGCCUGCGGCCUUGACUCAUCACUGCUCAUCUCUGUUGGAGCACGGAGACUUGACGGGGGCUGUCGGGUCGAAUCAGCAGCAGAUAGGCAGAGGUGUCCCUUCCUGGAGAUCUCUGAACACCUGUCACCAUGAGGCCUGGUGGCUGAUCAUUUUGGAGGCUGGCAUCCCAACAGCUUGUCUGGUCCUGACAUCUUCAGCCCCUGAAAUGCCUACGUGUCUGGCUCUUCCACUCUCCACCUCUCUCUGCCAUAUAAAAUGCCAGCGAUGCCACUGACCUACCUACCAGCAGAUACUGUAAAUAUCUCUGGUGGAAAGUCCUGUACAGGCAAAAUCUGAGCCUCAAGUAUUAACGGAUUCAGACAGCAAGGUUAAGUCUGUGUACUAAUGAACUAGUUAAAAAUACCCCUCAAACCCAUGACCUCUUUCUCUGCGACUCCCAAUGAAAAGCCUAUUGCUGUGGUGGUGUUGCCAAAUUAUCUGCCAACCCUUAUCCUUUACCAUUGCGCAAGUUAGCAGCCCGAUCUGCAGGCAGAAUUCCUGUCUGGCCCCAGUUCCGGAGUGCUGCAUGUGACUAUAUUGCAUGAGGCGAGGGUUUCAGAUAAAGAGGCUGGCUUCUUGGUGCUCUCUGCUAUUGUAGCAUUUCUGUGAAAUGAAUUUAAAUAUUGAAGGGUUGGAAAUAGAGAAUGUCUGCAUCUGUUGUCUUUAAUAUUUGACUACUGUAACUUAUAUUUAAUUUUAAUAAAACCUGAGAUGUCAACGUU